GCGGUCUUAUCGACAGCGGUCCUCAAAUUGUUUGAUUUGAUUUUGUUUGCAAUCUUACAUGACAGCGGUUUUAAAAUGUUUACGCUCGGCCCGGUAUGCAGCAACUUUUCGCCACUACGCUAAGCAAACAACAGAAAUGAAAUUUCUCAACGUAGCCGAGAAGAACGAUGCGGCCAAGACAAUUGCCGGCCUGCUCUCAAAUGGGACCGCGUUUCGCCGCGAAGGUUACUCUGUUUACAACAAGAUCUAUGACUUUGAGGCGGCAGUGCGCGGGCAGAAUGCAAAAAUGGUGAUGACUUCGGUGUCGGGCCACCUGAUGCAAUUGGAGUUUCAGGUUUCCUAUCGGAACUGGCGCGUCGUGGAUCCCGGCUCCUUAUUUGAUGCGCCCGUGAGGAAGUCUGUGGGCGAGAGCUAUUUGCCAAUCAAGAAAACCUUGGAGCGUGAGGUUCGUGGCUGUCAGGGACUCAUAAUUUGGACGGAUUGCGAUCGCGAGGGCGAGAAUAUUGGUUUUGAGAUAAUCAAUGUGUGUCGAGCGAUAAAGCCAAAUCUAACUGUUUAUAGAGCCAGCUUUUCGGAGAUAACAACCAUUGCAGUGCGGCGAGCCUUGCAGCAACUGGGUCAGCCGGACAAGCGGCAGAGCGACGCCGUGGAUGUGCGCACGGAGCUGGAUCUACGCACUGGCGCGGCCAUAACUCGCUUCCAGACGAUGCGUCUGCAACGUCUGUUCCCCGAGAAGAUAGCGGACAAGCUGAUUUCGUAUGGAAGCUGUCAGAUUCCGACGCUGGGCUUCGUGGCGGAGCGCUACAAGGAGAUAGAGGCCUUUGUCUCCGAACCCUUUUGGAAGAUUCGAGUGCUCCACACCAUUGAUGACCUGACUGUGGAGUUUAACUGGGCGCGAAAUCGUCUGUUCGAUAAGGAGGCCUGCGAGAAUUAUCUGCUGCUCUGCCUGGCGGAACCCGAGCCCCGCGCCACCGUCGAGAGUGUCACCGUGAAGCCGAAGCACAAGUGGCGGCCCACGCCCCUGGACACUGUCGAAAUGGAGAAGCUCGGCUCGCGGAAGCUCAAGCUGUCGGCCAAGGAGACCAUGACCAUAGCCGAGAAGCUGUACAGCAAGGGCUUCAUCAGUUACCCGCGCACGGAGACGAAUCAGUUCUCCAAGGAGUUCGAGCUGGCACCGCUCGUGCAGCUGCAGACGGGACACAACGCAUGGGGAGCGUUUGCCCAGCGCGUGCUGGACUGGGGACCGAAUCCGCGCAACGGCAACAAAUCGGAUCAGGCGCAUCCUCCCAUACAUCCCACCAAGGCCGCGGACAAUCUGCAGGGCAACGAAGCACGCGUCUAUGAACUGGUUGUGCGACACUUUCUCGCCUGCGUCAGCAAGGAUGCCGUUGGCUCCGAGACUCUCGUGAAUAUAGAUAUCGCGGGGGAGAAGUUCACAGCCAAUGGAUUGGUCAUUCACGAGCGUAACUACCUGGAUGUGUACGUGUACGACAAGUGGAGCGCCAAGCAGAUUCACCACUACGAGCGGGAGCAGCGCUUCGAGCCCACGGAGGUCUCCCUGCACGAGGGAGCCACUACUGCCCCGCCCCUGCUGACCGAGGCGGAUCUCAUUGCGCUGAUGGAGAAGCAUGGCAUUGGGACGGAUGCCACGCAUGCCGAGCACAUCAACACGAUCAAGGAGCGCGGAUACAUUGGGGUCCUGGACAAGGGUGCUCUGGUGCCGGGUGUUAUUGGCAUGGGGCUGUACGAGGGCUACGACGCCAUGGAAUUGGCCCUGGCCAAGCCACAGCUGCGCGCAGAGUUCGAGGCCGAUCUGAAGCUCAUCUGCCAGGGCCAGAAGGACCCGCAGCUCGUGCUCACCGAACAGAUAGCCAAGUACAAGCUCUCCUACCAGCAGAUCACCGACAAGAUCACGGCCAUGGAUGCCAAAAUAUCUGCACGCAUCAACGAGGUGCCAUCGAACGAGCCGGCAGGCGGGAACAAUCAGCAAACGCAGAUGCAGACGCUCUUCCAGUGCCCCAAAUGCGACGAGGCGCCGCUGGCCCUCAAGCCCAAGAAGAACCAGCAGGGCUGGUAUAUCGGCUGCAAUAACUUUCCCGACUGCAAGAACGUCGUCUGGCUGCCAGCGGAGUGCAAGGAGGUCACCGUGCUGGACGAAUGCUGUCCCACCUGUGGCGCUGGGCAUCGCCUGCUCAAGUUCCGCCUGAGCACGCCCUACUACCGGGGCGUCUUCAACACGCCAAGUGGUUGGUACAAGACCUGUUUGCCCUGCGACAGUCUCUUUCGGACCACAUUCAACAUUAAUUUGGACUCUGUGAAACGUGUGGGAGGUAUUGUGGGCACAGCAGGAGGAGCUGGUGGACCCGGCCCUGGCGGUGGUGGCCCUGGCGGUGGUGGUGGCCCCGGUGGCGGUGGUCCUGGUAGAAGAGGUCCUGGAGGUGGCGGCGGCGGUGGCGGACCUUCCAAUGCUGGCGUCGCAAGAGGCAACGGCCCUAAAGAUGGAGCGACCAAACCCAAGAAACCAAAACCCGCCACCCAACCCAAGUCGAAAAAAGCCACAAAAACCACUGGAAGCAUUCGCAGCUACUUCAGCAGUGCCAGCCAACCAGAAAGUAAUGGAGAAAUGGAUGGAUUCUUCGACAGCAACGAUGGAUUCGAAGAGGCCAUGCUGGCGGCCGCAGAGUCCGUUGAGUCGAGCAAUGCUCCGACAGCCACUGGGACUGCAGCAAUUGAUUUUGAUGAUGACAUUGCCGCCGCUUUUGCUGCCGAUGAUGAUGCGGAGUUUGAGGCAUUGGUGAGCACGGGAACAGGCAACACUCGAGGGAAUAGGAAUGCGGCCGAAGAGCUGGACACGAGUCUGUCCUCUUGGAUAAGCAAGCAAUAUGCAGCGGAGGAGAAGCCCAUGCCGUGGGGCAGUCGAGAACGUGCAGCGGUGUCCGCUCCCACGCCUCCUCCGAAACCGGCAGCCAAACGAACGAGAAGGGACAGCGCGGAGUGGGAUACUCCGCCGUCUGUUGCAGCCUCCAACUCGGCAGUGCGCUGCAGCGGUUGUCAUCAGCCAGCACGGCAGCACACGGUGCGUCGCGAUGGACCCAACCAGGGACGGCAGUUCUACAAGUGCCCCAAGCCCAAUGAGUGCCAGUUCUUUCAGUGGGCAGACGAGCUGCCAUCCACAUCCGGGGGAAGCUCAAGUGAAUCAUCGUGGAAGACGAAUCGUGUGACCACGCUGCAGAAUAAUCAACAAAGCUCCUCCCAUCGAGGCACCCAAAUGCGUUCCAACUCCAGCAGCACUGUCACCAUAACCCAAACUAAAACGAGGACAACUCCAGCGCACGGCGAGGAGCAGCUCAAGUGCAACUGCGGCCAGCUGGCCAGCAGUCUGACUGUGCGCAGAGACGGACCCAAUCAGGGCAGACCGUUUUAUGCCUGUCCCACACGGGAGAAGUCUUGCGGCUUCUUCAAGUGGGGCGAUGAGGGUGAUGAGAACGCAGGCACAUCUCGAAACGCGGCCACAGCGGGAGGAUCUGGUUCCGGCGGUACAUAUUCCUGGGGCACGGGCAAUCGUAAACCAUCCGCACCUGCGACCGAAGGCAACAAAACUCGACGCUGCGGUCUGUGCCGCCAGGAGGGGCACACACGCAACAAGUGUCCACGCAAAAGUGACUUUGAUAUGUGAUCGAAACGGAAUAGAUUCGUUUU